UCCUGGGCUCCCACUUUGCCCAGAAUUUAUCAGAGUUGUAACACUGCAAACAUUUGACACUAUUUAACAAAUUUGCGUGCGUGCUUGGGCAUAUCAACUCGGCGGGAACCCACGAAACAAGCCUUGUUCCUUGCGCUCGACAAUUAGAAUCAAGCAAAAUGAUGUGCAAAAAUCAGUAGAUACGAGUUGGAAUAGCCAAGCGGCUCGAAAGCACAGGAAAUGUCAGAGCUCGGGCGCAGGGCUCGCGAGCUGCUGAAGGAGCUAAAAAGCUACGGCACCGGGACCCUCUCCCCAUACAAUGAGGAGCUAGUACGUCUAAUAUUUAGCGAAAUAGAUGAACAUAAUUCUCAGACCGAGGCCAUUGUCAGCGAGUUGCGGCGGAAGCAAGCCGAGGCCGAGGCCGGGGCGGCGGGCGCGACUCCGCAGCAGGAGGUGGACGAGCUGACCGCCACCACCAUGUGCCUUCAUUACGAGUGCAUCAAGCGCAACAAGCGCCUGCUGCUCAUCUAUAUGAACGAGCGCAUGCAGCGGCUGAAGGAGAUGCGCUGGACGCUGCGUGCGCUGCCGGAGGCACAGAAGGCGCGCUGCUGCCAAAGCGAGAUCCAGUUCUACAACGAGUACUCGCGGGCGCUGCAGACCUACAUGAGCAAGUCGGAGGGCGUGGGCAUGGACCUCACACUGGACACGCGGCCGCCCAAGGACACGUUCGUCAACGUGCGCGGGCUCAAGGACUCGGGCGAGGUGAUCCUGAGCUACGGCCGCGCCACCGUGCUGGUGGGCACCACCAUCAGCCUGCCUGCGGAGGAGGCGGAGCCGCUGCUGCGCGACGGAACCGUGGAGAUGGUGGACUGGGACGACGGCUUCGGACGCAACUGCAGCUAGAGCGCGCAGGCGGCAGCGGCUGGGGGAGAGGGGCACCGGGAAGGUAGCACGGAGCCAUGGAGGCUUUCGCAGCGGCAGGGAGAGGAGCCGGGGAUCACGAGAGGAGGGGGAGGCUACGCCGCAACUGCCGCCAUCGCAGUGGCGGCGGCAGGGGAGCUGGCACAGUGGCAAGCGGCCAGGCUUCAGGAGGCCAGAGGCGGCGCAGUUGGGACGGAAACGGCGGCGUGGAGGCGGCUAGCUUUAUGGAGGCUUGGACGUGGCCGCAGCCUCAGCGGUUGGAGCAGGCAGCGGAGACAAAGCCUGGGGUGAAACGGAAGGUUACUUAGAGGCGCAUGGGUAAUUGCCGUGAGCCGCGUGUGUGGCUGGCUGGCGCCUGUUCGCACAAGGCGGCCGCAAGGAAGGGCUGUGCGGAGGGAAAUGCAUGGGUGGCUGAAGGCGCAAGUGUUGCUCUUCACCAUUAGGGCCAUGUCACCGUAUGCUGCAUGAGGCAGGCAGCGCAGUGGGGGCUGAACCUGGGUGGCUAUUAUCAGGCCUCACCCCUUGCGUCACCCCGCUUGCCGAGGGUCGUAUGCUACGUGAGGCAGGUGGUGGCUUGCAGUGGGUGAUUGUGACAUGGUGUGCAAAUGGCCUGAUGGCCAGAUGGCAACAUUCAUUUGGAAUUUAUCUCACGUCACAUUGCUUCGAAGCAAUCGCUGCAAAAUCGCACAUUUGAGAGACCAGGAUGACCAAAGAGAAGCUUGGGAGCAGACGUUCCAGAACCAGACCACGCCAUUCGCUUCGGCCAGGGGUUCGUCGCUUUCGACACUUCUAAGUUCAUCACU